GGUUCCCCACCCCUCGUCCAAUCAUCUCCACACCCAUCACUGUGCGGAAAGUGCCCGUAGAUGAUCCUGGGAGUUCACUUAACGUCCUCCAGUCGCAUAAGGGGGCGUGUAGUGCUUCAUUCAGGGAUCACCCCUUCACAAUCACCCAAGAUCACGCUUCUGGACAUAGCCAGCUUGGGGCGAAACCCGCGCAAGUGGCCAAAAACCUAACACACCCAGAGAAGAAGCUUCUUCAUUCCAGUAGUGCCCCUCUACUCCGUCGAGUUAUUAGCAAUGAAUCAAAAUCCGCGGAGCAAAAGGCUCCUAGUACAAACGACUUUCAGUUCAGCCACAAAACCCCUCAUUACUAUGCCGAUUGCCAAACAGAUUCUGUCGCUGAUCGACCAGCCGAGGAUUCGACGUGGGGUGAAAUCCAGCUACGAUUAGAACCAUCCAGCCAUUUUUGCAUGGAGUCUUCACCCAGCGUUCCGUCCGAUGUCUUUUCAGAAAUUGACGAUUUUCUGCCGUUUCAAGUGGACGCUGCAUUAAAAAUAGAAAAAUUGUACUCUUCAGGCUCAUCUUCAUCGGAUAUCCACUCUUCUGACUCUUUUGUUGACACUGCACGGAGCAUCAAAUCUUGGCCGAUGCCCCCCAUCAAUAGUUCUCCUUCGAAGUACUCAUUCAUCAGUCGGACCAGCGUCUCUACAAGCCAGACUCAGUCUAUGUCCGUCAGUCAUUUUUCUGAUUCUUUUCCACAUGGCCCGGUUUCGGCUUCUCCUGCAUUCUCGCCUAAGGACCAAAGCUCCCUCGGAAAGCCUCCAACUUCCCCUGCGCUAGACUCUUGGCCGAAUCUCUCGUUCUCUCCCCACAAUAGCCACUCGUUCCUUUCGUUGGCUUCUGAUACUCAAGCUACCUUAGUCGCUCCACACAUUGAAACCGUUCAAGUAUCCCUUCUCGACGACAUCGAACAUGGGGUUCGCGUCACUGUGUCUGCAGAACAUUGUGAACAACGGUGUAGGACCACUGGAAUAGGCCAAGUUUUCUUCCGCUCAGGGCACCGGAUCCUCCCACUCUGUCGUUUUACUGGCUCCCUUUGGAUUGAUGUUAACUGCGGGUCUGCUGGAAUCUCGUCCUUGCUGUCUUAUCUUCAUGUUCAUUCUGACGUUGUCGUCGAGGGAGCCGGUGCUGUUUAUCCUCUCAAACUACCAACGCUUCGCAUACGGGUUUUCGUGUCAAGUAUAAGGCAUGGGCAAGCAUUCGUACGCUUAAACUUUCUACAGCGGAUAAGCACGGCGGACUGGGACGUCACGGAAAAGCAAGCCAUCCUCGUCAGCGAAUGUCAUGUGGAGGCACCUGCAACAUUUCGAGAUAUCGGGAGGGUCAUUUUGUCAUUUUGGGAUGAUUAUGAUCACAUAUAAUAAGUCUAAUAUCACUGAUAAUGUAACAACGCUUGUUUAUUCUCGUACGAUAGACUGUCGGGUGAUGUAUGUCAAGUGGAUGGUUCAGGCGGCGGUUUCGUCU